CCUUUCCAUUUAAUUUUACAUAAUCUUUUACUAUUCCCUAUUUUAAAAUAAUCUCAUUCAUAGUUAGAACAUAUUGUGAGAAUAUAUUUAUAAUCAAACUUUUCUAUUUUUGAUGUAUAAAUAAAAACCCUUGAAGGAAAUGAAUAUUAAUUGAUAUCUUUGUGCAUUUCUUUUAUAUAGAACGGAAAGUAAAUAGAAAAUAAAUACACAGAAUCAGGUUAUAGUAACUAAUGAGCUAGGGGUCCACCAAACGUUUUUAAACACCAAGUGCCACUCCAUUUACCAUUAUCUUCGUUGCUAUCGCAUUUGGUGAGGGCGCCUGUUUACUCUCUCUCUCUCUCAUACACACACCAACUGUUUGAUAAAGUUCCUGAAAGAAAGAAAGUUUCUUUUGCCUUCAAGAAAAUUACAUGUGGAAUUCAUCUCAUCUGGGUGAUAUUAUCUCGUUUAGCAGGUUCUUGUAAUGUGAUCAUCUUGUCAGAUCGUUCUGGGUGUUACUAGUUAUCAAUAUAUCCACAACAUGGCUCUUGUGAAUGUCCGUGCUCUCCAAUUCAUGAACUGUGACUUCUUUGGAAACCGCUCAAAAGCUUUUACCUUUCUCCCCCUACAAACUACAAAUUUUCAGGCAAUGACAGUAAUGGCAAGCAAAAGGGCCAAUACUAAAACAGAAAGUGCAAAAACCAUAAAUAUAAGAAGGCGAAAGAAGUUAUAUGCAAUGCUGGUAGAUGACCAAAACAAGAAGUGUUUAUUUUAUGGAAGCACUUUGCAAAAGUCAUUGCGAGGCAGUCCUCCUUGUAGCAAGAUUGAAGCUGCUAAAUGUCUUGGUGAAGAGCUUGUUAAGGCUUGUGUAGAUCUUGAUGUUAAUGAAAUAUCAUCAUAUGAUCGCAAUGGUUUUCCUAGAGGGGAAAGAAUGCAAGCAUUUGAGCUUGCAAUUUCUCGGCAUGGAUUCUUACCCAGAUAGUUCUGUACCUAACUCUGCAGAAUCUUCUUCUUAAUGUAUAUUUUUUCUGGAAUUCUUCUGCAUUUUGGAAGCUUAACAUGGCAUAUGAUUCGAAAUUGAGCCCUUAUAAUCUUGGAGACGACUCCAGUGCUCAUCGGGUAUAACUUUAUUAUCUGCUAUGAGAAGCUUUCUGUAAGGUGCCACUAAGUUGGUUUGCUCUUGAGACUGCAAGUCUUAUGACAUGAUUGUGAUUUCGUGUAUGUCGCUGGUAUCUUGUUGGUCUGAGAUGAUUAAUAUGUGAAUUGGUUUCUCCAUGAUUAAUAUGAGAAAAAAAACUGUUAAUAUGUAUUUUCAAUGAUGAAAUUGUCUUUUUCUUUUCCUACCA